AUGAGCGAAGGGACUGCCAGAGGAGCGCCUCGAUCCCGCGGCUCGACUCGAGGUGGAGGAAGAGGCGGUGCAGGAGGAAGGCAAGCAGCUUUUGGCGGCAGUCUCACCACAUUCGAUGCUAGUGUCACUGAUGGCCCGACAAACGGAGCCGAGAGCAAUGCUGCGACGACCAGCGCGGCAGAUGGACGACCGCCCACUGGCCCAAGACAGAGUGGUGGAUCUAUGAAAACCAAUGGCCCUGUGGCUUCCUCACGAGGCACCGCAAAACGAGGUCGAGGUCGUGGAGGUGGAGCUCGAGCGGAAAGAUCAGCUGAGGGAAGCAGUGCUGUCUCAGCGCAACGUACAGCUGUCUUGACAGGAGCAGAAGGACACAAGGCCGCCCUGGCUGCGGCAGCUGCUGCGGCUGCCGCCGCAGAAGCCGCAGAAGAAGCUACAGCGGGAGGAGAGGUUGUGGAUCUCUGCCAUAUAUGUGCAGAACCUGUUCAGCUGUACUCUUUGGCGGCAUGCAAUCACCGCACUUGUCACAUCUGCGCUAUUCGCCUGAGAGCUCUGUACAAGAAGAAGGAUUGUACUUUCUGCAAGGUGAGUCUGAAGGUCAGCACAUUUGCCCAGCCUUGAUGCGUCCUUGUCGCUAAGUCAGUCUACGAUGGGUGCCCAGACUCCAAUAGAACGCUUGAUCUUCACGUCCUCACCUGAUCGACCCUUUCAGAGCUUUCUGCAAGAUGAUUUGCCAUUCUACGAUCAGAAGCUCUCCAUUGCGUUUGAGAAGAAGGAAGCGAUGGAAGAAACUCUCAUCUUGCUGCGGUUCAAUUGUCCUGAGCCAACUUGCGAGGAGGCCUGUAACGGGUGGGGAGAUCUGAAGCGUCAUGUGCGGAGGGAUCACGACAUGGGUCUUUGGUGAGUGUCGCCACUUCAAGACACAGGCGCCUCUUCGCUGAUCCACUUCGCUGCUUGUUUUCACCUUGCUACAGCGACAUGUGCAUCAAGAACAAGCGCAUUUUUGCCCACGAGCAUUCCCUGCACACCAAUGCGAGCUUGACCGCUCACAUCGAUGCGGAACACAGAUAUUGCGAAUUCUGCAGGGAGCACUUCUACGGGGACGAUGAGCUGUUUGUGCAUAUGCGCGAUCGUCACGAGCAGUGUCAUCUGUGUAAGGCAAGAGGCACAGAGGAGGAGCGCUAUAGAUAUUACAAGGAUUACAACAUGCUCGAGAAGCACUUCAAAGACAAGCAUUUCCUCUGCGAGUCAUCGGAAUGCUUGGCAAAGAAGUUCAUCGUCUUCGACAGCGAUAUGGAUUUCAAAGCGCAUCGACUGGCAGAGCAUAGUGCAGAUCUGUCAUCUCGCGAACGCAGAGAUGCUGCCAGGAUAGAAACCAAUUUUGCGUACGAGGAUCCAGCUACAUCGAGGGCGGGCAGGAGUCGCAGAGGCGGUCGAGGCGAGGAUGCAAUCGUAGCUGCUGAGCAGCCCGCGACGUCAUAUUUGGCUGGCAGGACCCAUGUCCCAGGCGCUGCUCCUCCAAAUCGCUGCGAAGCAUUUGGAGGUAGCCUCACCGGAGCUAGCACCAAUGGUGCGACCUCUGCAGCUUCGCACCGCGUCGAGCACGAUACUGGUCUAGCUUCGAGCAGCGAUGCUUCCACUGUCGAGUGAGUACCGACUCAUCACGUCAUUGCCCGUACCUCUCUGACGUCCCUCCUCGUUCGCAGACGUCAUCAAGUGUAUCUUGCUCGUGUAGCGUCGCUGCUGAAAGACUCCGAAUCGCGCGUUGCCGCAUUUCGGCAAAGCGUGAAGGCGUUCCGCUCCGGCGAGACUUCCGGUCGUGACCUCGCCGACUCAAUUUACCGUCUAGCUGAUAACGAAUUGGAAACCGGGUCCAGCUUAGUAAAUGGGCUAGUCGAUCUGUUGGACGACACCGACAAAAGGCGUGGUUUGCAAAGUGCCUGGAACUCGGUACGCAUUGAAGUGAGUGCCUUUUGCAGAGUGGGAGCGCCCGUCCAUCGAGCUUCCGUGUUAAUCACCAGGCGUGCUUCCAGCGUACCCAAUUCCCAUCGCUCACUCCCCAAGCUGCAGAUGGCCGUUACGCAGGCAUCGCGGGUGGUCAGAUUCGCAACGCGAAAGCCAGCUCGUCUGCACACAGCCAUAUCUGGGCCAAUGUAGAGAGGGCAGCCAGCUCAUCCUCGGGACACGGCGCUGGUCGACCGGUCGCCUUGCGAGAGUCUUUCCCCACCCUCAAACCGGGAGGUGGAGGAUCUGUGGUUCCAGGCUCGGCAAAACAUGCUGCCUUGAAGCAAUCCAAUCUGAGAGCUUCCGGCUCUUCGACCCCAUGGUCAGGCUCUUCGACCCCAUGGUCAGGCUCUUCGACCCCAUGGUCAGGCUCGGGUACCUCGACGCCUGUGGCUUCCAAUUCUGGGACCAACACGCCAGCUUUGAAGCCCUUUACCGUUCAUGCGCCAGCGCAAGGCAGCAAAUCGGGAGGCGCGCAUGGAGGCGCAGCGCUGCGCAACAAUGCAACCGCUUUUCCUGAUCUGCCAAGCAACGCAGAUGCUGCUGCGCUCCAGGCGCAAAAAAAAGCCCUGUUCGCCUACAGCAAGGACAAGGGCAAGGGCAAAGGAUCCCAAGGAGGAGCAGGACCAAAUUCCAAUGGAGCAAACAGCGGCACCUCCACUCCCAAACCGUGGGGAAGCGCACAGUCGCCAGAUCCCCAUGGACGGAUCGACGGCUACGCUUCGCCAGAAGUACUACCCCUCGAUGCUGUGCCGCCAUCCGCACUGCAUCAAAGACUCGCGCAAGCGAGUGGCGCGCAAUCGAGCGCAAGUGGCGGGGGAGGCAAGAAGAAGGCGAAGAAGCUCGUUCUGGACUCUUUCGGAGGCGUCCAUCGAGGAGGUUGA